GUAGCAUCACCCUCCUUAAAACUGCAAGUUAUUUGCACAAACCUUUAGGAAGAGAUAAAGUAAUUUAUUGCAAGAAAUUGUUAAAUGAAUUUAAGUUAAAUUUAAUUCAGGGUAAUAUUUUGCAAGAGAAUUCUAGAAAGACUCAUCUCAGUGUGUAUCCAGUGAAUACUUCCUUUAAUCCCUCCAAUAACAUUAGAGAGCCAGCCCGCGGCCUUGAUUGACAUCACAGUGAGCCAAUCAGUGGCCACCGCAAAGCUUCUGGGAGGAAGAUUCCAGACGGUUCUGUAUGCAGAGUUCUCUCUAUAUAUAUCGAAGGCACUAACAGUAUUUAAAGACAGUUUCUUCUGCAAGCGGCUGAGGUUAGUCAAACCAUCAACAGGAGCUUUUGAAACUACGUUGAAGACGGAGAAAAAUUGAGAUGCCUGAGCCACAAGAUCAACAAAUGGAGGAAGAGGCAGAGACCUUUGCAUUCCAGGCUGAGAUUGCUCAGCUAAUGUCCCUGAUCAUCAACACUUUCUAUUCCAAUAAAGAGAUUUUUCUUCGAGAGCUUAUCUCUAACUCCUCUGAUGCCCUGGACAAAAUUCGCUAUGAAAGUCUUACUGAACCUACCAAAUUGGACUCUGGCAAGGAUCUGAAAAUAGAACUAAUUCCAAAUAAGGAGGAACGCACCUUGACACUGAUUGACACCGGUAUCGGCAUGACCAAGGCUGACCUGAUUAAUAAUCUGGGAACAAUUGCCAAAUCUGGAACCAAGGCUUUCAUGGAGGCUCUUCAGGCUGGAGCUGACAUUUCCAUGAUUGGUCAGUUCGGUGUGGGUUUCUACUCUGCCUACUUGGUGGCUGAGAAAGUAACUGUCAUCACUAAACAUAACGAUGAUGAGCAGUAUGCCUGGGAGUCUUCUGCUGGUGGCUCAUUCACCGUCAAAGUAGAUAACUCUGAGCCAAUGGGUCGCGGCACUAAGGUGAUCCUGCACCUUAAAGAAGACCAGACAGAAUACCUGGAGGAGCGAAGAAUCAAAGAGAUUGUGAAAAAGCACUCACAGUUUAUUGGCUACCCAAUUACACUCUUUGUUGAAAAAGAGCGGGACAAGGAAGUGAGUGACGAUGAGGCAGAGGAAGAGGAGAAAGUAAAAGAAAAGGAUGAAGAAGAGGAUAAAGACGAGGACAAGCCUGAGAUUGAGGACAUUGGUUCAGAUGAGGAGCACGACCAUGACAAGUGUUCUGACAAAAAGAAGAAGAAGAUAAAGGAGAAGUACAUUGACCAGGAGGAGCUGAAUAAAACAAAGCCCCUGUGGACCCGUAACCCAGAUGAUAUCACAAACGAGGAGUAUGGAGAGUUCUACAAGAGUUUGACCAACGACUGGGAGGAUCACCUGGCAGUCAAGCACUUUUCAGUAGAAGGUCAGCUGGAAUUCCGUGCCCUGCUCUUUGUGCCCCGCCGAGCUCCGUUUGAUCUCUUUGAGAACAAGAAGAAAAAGAACAACAUUAAGCUGUAUGUGCGCAGAGUCUUCAUCAUGGACAACUGUGAUGAGCUUAUCCCUGAGUACCUCAAUUUCAUCAAGGGAGUGGUGGACUCUGAGGAUCUGCCUCUAAACAUCUCCAGAGAAAUGCUACAGCAGAGCAAGAUCCUGAAGGUCAUCCGCAAGAACCUGGUCAAGAAAUGUCUGGAGCUUUUCACUGAGCUUGCAGAGGAUAAGGAAAACUACAAGAAGUGCUAUGAGCAGUUCUCCAAAAAUAUCAAGCUUGGUAUCCAUGAGGAUUCACAGAACAGGAAGAAACUCUCAGAGCUGUUGCGUUACUAUACUUCAGCCUCUGGAGAUGAGAUGGUUUCCCUGAAGGACUAUGUUACAAGAAUGAAAGACAGUCAGAAACACAUUUAUUACAUCACAGGUGAGACCAAAGAGCAGGUGGCUAACUCUGCCUUUGUGGAAUGUCUUCGCAAAGCCGGUCUGGAGGUGAUCUACAUGAUCGAACCUAUUGACGAGUACUGCGUGCAGCAGCUGAAGGAGUUUGAGGGCAAGAACUUGGUUUCAGUGACCAAAGAAGGUCUGGAGCUACCUGAGGAUGAGGAAGACAAGAAAAAGCAGGAAGAGAAGAAAACUCAGUUUGAGAACCUGUGCAAGAUAAUGAAGGAUAUCUUAGAAAAAAAAGUGGAGAAGGUCACUGUCUCCAAUCGCCUGGUGUCCUCCCCCUGCUGCAUAGUUACCAGCACCUAUGGUUGGACAGCAAACAUGGAGAGAAUCAUGAAGGCCCAGGCUCUGAGAGAUAACUCUACCAUGGGCUACAUGGCUGCUAAAAAGCACCUUGAAAUCAACCCUGACCAUCCCAUAUUGGAGACCUUGAGGCAGAAGGCAGAGGCUGAUAAGAAUGACAAAUCUGUGAAGGAUCUGGUCAUCCUUCUUUUUGAGACUGCCCUGCUGUCCUCAGGAUUUACCUUGGAUGACCCUCAGACCCACUCUAAUCGCAUCUACAGAAUGAUCAAACUGGGACUGGGCAUUGAUGAAGAUGAUCAGUCAUCGGAAGAUGCUACGUCAGCUCCAACUGAAGAAAUGCCUCCUCUUGAAGGUGAUGAUGAUGACGCAUCCAGGAUGGAGGAGGUGGAUUAGAAAGUCUAUCUGUGACCUGUAGACAUGCUAGUGAUCCACAGAAUGUCCCGAAACCAACUUUUCUUUGACCAAUCUUUUGUAUUUCCUCCAUUCCAUGGUUCCAAUCUGUUUGAUUCAGAACUUUUUAUUUUUUAAUUUAUUAUUGUUAUUCUAUUUUCUGUCUCUUUUUUAUAUUUAUUGGUUUUCCAAUGUUUUGUGUUUAAUUAUUAUUGGAUUUAAAAAAUGUCCUUCAGUAUAACAUUGGGACCAACAAUAAAGGUUUAACACAUUUAAAA